GUCAGCUGACAGGGGCUGCAGAGCUGAGUGUGUGAGCCGUGCAUGUGCCAGUCUGUCUCGGCUGCGCGAAGGCACGGGGCACCUUCCUGGCAUCUCUCAGGCACAGGAUGGCCGCCGAGAUCCACUCGAAGCCUCUGACCCGCAAGCCCGUCUUGCUGAACAAGGUGGAGGGGUCGCAGGACGUGGUGAACAUGGCAGUGAUUGUGCCCAAAGAGGACGGGGUGAUCAGUGUGUCCGAGGACAGGACAGUACGUGUUUGGAUGAAGAGAGACAGUGGUCAGUUCUGGCCUAGUAUAUUUCAUGCCAUGCCAGGUCCAUGUUCAUGUAUGUCUUUUAAUCCAGAAACCCGGAGGCUGUCCAUAGGUCUGGACAAUGGUACUAUAUCAGAAUUUAUUUUAUCUGAAGACUAUAACAAAAUGAGCCCAACAAGAACAUAUCAAGCCCACCAGAGCCGACUGACAAUGGUUCUGUUUGUCCUGGAAAUGGAGUGGAUGUUGAGCACAGGACAGGACAAGCUGUUCACAUGGCACUGUUCGGAGACCGGGGAACGCCUGGGAAACUAUCGCACUACAGCUUGUGCUUCAUGUCUGCAAUUUGACGUGGAGACGAAACACGUCUUUGUCGGGGAUCAUUCUGGGCAGGUUACAAUUCUAAAACUUGAACAAGACAACUGCAGCCUCAUUACCACAUUUAAGGGACAUACAGCUGGGGUGACCACCUUGUGCUGGGAUGCGGUACAAAGACUUCUGUUCUCAGGCAGCUCAGAUCAUUCCAUUAUCAUGUGGGACAUUGGGGGACGAAAAGGAACGGCACUGGAACUACAAGGGCACAAUGAUAAAAUCCAGCACAUCUCCUAUGCACACCAUUCUAAACAGCUCAUCUCCUGCAGCGCAGAUGGCAGUAUUGUUGUCUGGAAUAUGGAUGUUGAAAGACAGGAGACACCAGAAUGGUUGGACAGUGACUCCUGUCAGAAGUGUGACCAGCCGUUCUUCUGGAACUUCAAACAGAUGUGGGACAGCAAGAAGAUUGGCCUCAGGCAGCACCAUUGCAGGAAAUGUGGGAAAGCGGUAUGCGGUAAAUGUAGCUCUAAGAGAUCCUCCAUUCCUCUCAUGGGAUUUGAGUUUGAAGUCCGCGUGUGUGACAGCUGCUACGACACCAUCACAGACGAUCAACGAGCUCCAACUGCAUCUUUCCAUGAUAGUAAACACAACAUUAUCCAUGUAAAUUUUGAUCCAACAAGGGUUUGGUUAUUGACUUCAGGAACAGACAAGAUCCUUAAGCUGUGGGAUAUGACUCCGGUGGUAUCUUGAUGAUGAUCUAUGGACAGAUCCUGACAACAGACACAUGGAGUAGAAGACUCUGAGGACUCUGGAGAGCAUUAGCCAGACAAUCUAGAAGUUAAGGUUUUAUAUUCAGUCUUUGGAGUGGAGAGCUCGUCAUUUUUAACUGCUACGGUGAAGAGUGUUAUGAACUAAUCUGAGCCGGGACUCAUGACUGCUCCUCCUCGUUUGAACUGAACUUUCUUUCCAGUGUAUUGAUUUAGUUUG